GAUGGAUGAAAUAAGGUAGAGGUGUUGUUCUCUCUCGCUGAUUGAUUCUAUUUUUACGCUUUUUCUCAUUCUCUCUCUUUUCCUCCUCAAAUUUCGAAAUCUCUCUUCUUUUCCUUUUCAAUUCUUCCUUCGUAAUCGUAAUGCUCUCACUCUGAUCGAAUCUAUGGCGAUUAAUAUUAUCAAAGAAGGCGAUCGAUCGCCGAGAAUCAUACUGCAUGAACCUACCGGAUCAACCGUUGAGGUGCUCUUGUAUGGGGCUCAGGUUAUUUCUUGGAAGAAUGAACGUCGAGAAGAAAUACUUUUCAUGAGCAACAAGGCAGUUUGGAAACCACCUAAACCCGUCAGAGGUGGCAUACCCAUUUGUUUCCCACAGUUUGCAAAUUUUGGAACACUGGAGCAACAUGGAUUUGCCAGGAACAGGCUAUGGUCGCUAGACGAUGACCCUUCUCCUUUAACCCCAGCUAACAAUCAAUCGACUGCAGAUCUUUUACUGAAAUCAACAGAAGAGGAUCUGAAAACAUGGCCAUACAGAUUUGAGUUGCGGCUCCGCAUUACUGUCAGUGCUGGCAAGCUUACUAUGAUCCCUCGUGUGAGAAAUGUAGAUAACAAGGCCUUCACAUUUACCCUUGCGCUGCGUAAUUAUUUUUCUGUAUCUGAUGUCAGUGAAGUACGUGUUGAGGGCUUAGAGACGCUGGACUAUUUUGAUAAUCUGUCCAAGAGAGAAAGGUACACAGAGCAGGCAGACGCCAUUACUUUUGAUGGUGAGAUUGAUCGUGUAUAUUUGAGUACACCUACUAAGAUCGCCAUAAUUGACCAUGAGAAGAAGAGAACAAUCGUCUUACGUAAAGAAGGCAUGGUGGAUGCAGUCUUAUGGAAUCCUUGGGACAAAAAGGCGAAAGCAAUUCCCGAUUUGGGUGAUGAAGACUAUAAAACCAUGCUAUGCCUUGAUGCUGCAGCUGUUGAAAACCCGAUCAGCUUAAAACCUUGUGAAGAAUGGAAAGGUCGUCAAGAGCUGUCUAUAGUUUCCUCAAGUUAUUUCAGUGGGCAGUUGGACCCUUCUAAGGUUAUUAACGGAUUACAUUGAUCUCCGGAAAUUCCAGGUUUCUUACUUGAUCUGCAAUAUUAAUGUUGCUGCUGCCUGCUUAUUACAUUGAUUUGGUGUUUAGGGUUCUUUAGAUAUUUGCAAAAGAAUCUCCUUGUUAUAUAUAACCAUAUUAUUCAAGUUGAUCAGUGAGAAUGUUGGACUUCGCUAUGAUCUGGUCCACCAAGUACACCUGGUAUAAUUAGAUCAACAAAUAGCCUCUCUUUUAUAGUUAUGAACCACUGUUAUCAAUUUUUGUUAUCUGGUUCUUGAGCAACAUAUAUAAUAUACACACAAGAGACUUUAUGUAUCUAUUCAGUAUUUUUAAUGGUAUUGUUUUGCGUAUGAAAA